CUCUCUCUCUCCCCCCCUUUCUCUCAAGUCAUCCCUUCGCUUUUCUCUAUCUUUUCUGCUCAGAAUUCAUGUUUAUGAGUAGUUGCUCAGUACAGCCACAGGUGGGUGUAUUUUAAUUUUUCAGGUCUUACUCUUUCGAUGCACUGCCAGUUCUUCUGAGCUACAUAUUUAUUCUAGAUUCUAGGGUUUGUUCAAAAGCUGACAAAAAAAAAAAAAUCGAUUUCCGCUAGGUUUUUAAGAUCCUCUUUGUAUCUUUGAUAUUUUCUUGUUCUAUAUCUUCAAUCUGGUCCCAAAUACAAAGGCACUGCCUUUUCUUUUUGUCCUCUUUAAUUACCUUUUCGCUCAUCAGAUAAAGAGAAAACAAGGAAUUGAAAUAUUAAUUGGAGGUGUGAAAAAGCAAGGAAGCAAGCGAUGGAAGGGAAUAUAGAAGCAAACAAAAAUAAUCCAUGCACAAAAGCGGUAGGGUUGGAGAAGAAGACAAGGCCACAAGAACAGCUGAAUUGUCCUCGAUGCAAUUCUACAAACACCAAGUUCUGCUACUACAACAACUAUAGUCUCACACAACCCAGAUAUUUCUGCAAGACUUGCAGAAGGUACUGGACAGAAGGUGGGUCCCUCAGGAAUGUCCCUGUUGGAGGCGGUUCCAGAAAGAACAAGAAGCUCAUCACCAAUCCUUCAUCUUCACCACCACCACAACCAUCAUCAAGGGUUCUUCCUGACUUGAACCCACCAACAACGACUUCUGCUUCUUCUUCUUCUUCUCAAAAUCCUAAAAUAUUAAUGCAAGGAGGCCAAGAUCUCAAUCUGGCUUUCCCACCUAUUGUGGAGAAUUACGAUCAUCAUCAUCAUCAUGGGCUUAGUUACCAAAGCUCUUCUUCUUCUUCAAGUUCUUCUUCUGCUUUGGAACUGCUCAGGGCAGGCAUGGCUUCGAGGGGUUUGAAUAAUAAUAACCCUUUUGUUCAUCAUAAUAUAAUACUGAUGCCAACCUCAAACAAUGCGCUUUUCCCUUCACCUGGGUUUAAUCCCAUGCAUGAGGCUAAGCCAAGCCUUGGAUAUUCAGUGGAUGAUCAAGGGCUUCGAAGCAGAUAUGGUGUUCAAGAUAAUAAUGUUAAUGCUGGUGGAGGAAGGUUUUUGUUUCCUUUUGGAGAUGUCAAGCCCAUUCCAGGAGCUCGUGAAGUGGAAGAGAAUAAAGAACAUGCUGGGAAUUCGUCUUCUGGGUAUUGGACAGGGAUGAUUGGUGAAGGAUCCUGGUAAAUUACAACGAAGAGAGACAGAGCUUGGACAUGGUUUCAUUAUUUGGUGAUUAUUCUCAGCUUCUUUAAUAUAAACAUGACAGGUGUAAUAUUAAUAUUUUCGAGAAAAGCUUGUCAUGUUUUUAUUACAGAAUCUGCUGAUAUAAAUACCAAGACAAUGGCCUAAGUUUUUCUUCUUCGUUUUUAUUUUUUCUAUAUCGCUCUCUUUUAUUGGAUGGAUCGUUACAAAAUGCUGCUUGGAGUUGUUCAUCAGAACUAACAAACAAAACCAUAGGAUAAAUUUCGCUUCUUUUCUUUUUUCUUUUUCCUUUUCAAACACUACCUAUGCAAUGUGAGAGGAUAUAAUUAAUUAACUAAUUACUAGAGCUAGUUUCUGCGACGAAUCUCUUGGGGUGUAAUUUUAUGAUGACGGUGAUAAGAGUAAGAGCAAGAAAAGGUGAAUAUAGGGCCUAUUUUUGUCCAAGGUCGGCUUUUACAUGCAAUUACCUGUAUUCAUAAAUUCUUCAGUACUGAUCAUAAUUAUAGAGAUGAGAAGAAGCUUUAUUGAA